GCUAAAGUAGAAGUAAAUUCCCUAGCUAGCUAGCUAGCUCUUUCAAUUCGUCUCCUUUAGAAACAUUUUCAAUUAUAUAUUUGUGUAUACUUUAUUAAGUAUCUGUGAAGAAUGGAGAGUGAAGGAGGGAACCGUAGCAAAAGCAUAAACCAAAAUGAAUUGGUAUUGAAGGAAGAUCCGAAAUCAAGCUUUUUUCAAAAGUAUAAUCGAUCUGGUAUUAUAAAAAAGGUGAUAGCAGAGAUAAUAGCGACGUACCUAUUAGUGUUUGUUACAUGUGGUGCAGCAAGUCUUAGUUGGAGCGAUGAACACAAAGUAUCAAAGCUCGGAGCGUCCGUAGCUGGUGGACUCAUUGUAACUGUCAUGAUAUAUGCUGUUGGACAUAUAUCUGGUGCUCACAUGAACCCUGCUGUUACCUUUGCUUUUGCCGCCGUUAGACAUUUCCCAUGGACACAGGUGCCAGUGUAUGCAGCAGCACAAGUUACAGGAGCAAUAUCUGCUGCAUUCACGUUGCGUGUAUUACUUCAUCCAGUAACUAAAAAUGUGGGAACUACAACUCCCUCAGGCUCAGAUAUUCAAGCUUUAAUCAUGGAAAUUGUCGUCACAUUCUCCAUGAUGUUCAUCACCUCUGCUGUCGCCACUGAUACCAAAGCUAUUGGUGAGCUGGCGGGAAUUGCAGUUGGUUCGGCCGUAUGUAUUACUUCUAUUUUGGCGGGGCCAGUAUCAGGAGGAUCAAUGAACCCAGCUAGAAGCAUUGGACCAGCAAUGGCUAGCAAUGAUUACAGAGCAAUAUGGGUUUAUAUCAUUGGACCCGUUUGUGGAACAUUACUUGGAGCAUGGUCCUAUAAUUUCAUCAAGGUUAAUGAUAAGCCAGUACAAGCAAUAGCACCCGGACAAUCCUUCUCAUUUAAACUUAGAAGAAUGAAGAGCAAUAAUCACGAUGAAGAACAAUGUGUUACCCUCUAAAUGAUUCAACUUCUUCCAAUCCCAUUUCACCCCUCUCUAUAAAACAAGUUGCUUUCUAAUUUCUUUUCUCAUGUUUGAUUUGUGACUUGAAAAUAUUUUUCAGUGUCGGGUAAUGAAUAAGAAAUAUUUUCUAGAAAA